UAGCUACUGUAACUGUGAGCAACCGGAAAAGGUCCUAGUCUAAUAUUAGUUUAUUGACAAUAAAUUAUAUAUUUUCCGCAAUUUGAAAGUUAUGUCUAUCUCAGCGUGAACAUAGAAUCAAAUCAAAUAUAUAGAUAAUCUUUGGUCAAGGGACACGUAUCUCUUGGGGUUAAAGUUCGGGGUUCAGCAAACACUUUUUAAGUGCGUCAGGAUAUGUAUGUGCUUAUUUGCUCUCGUGGUCAGCUUAACAAGGGAUUGUACCUAUUUAAUUCACUGACCUUGCUUCAAUUAUACAAAUUCGUUACCAAAACAGAAUGAUGGGUACAUUACAUUUCAGAGCAUAUCAAAGGAUUUGUGAACGAAAUCUUGUUGUUUACGAUACAUAGACAGUUGUACAUGUACUGAGGACUUUUCGUUGUAAGGAGUGAAAUGUCUUUAAUGUAGCAUACCAUCUUUAUUAUUCUUGUCAUGUUGAAUAACAACAGCUAACGAUGUAGUUCGCUUUUUUUUAUAACAAAAUACCGCGCUGACCACUGCUGCAAUCUCAAGGUCGAAGCCUAUUGUCAUUACUGACGUUUGCUAGCCAGGUAGUGAAUGCACUGUUAAUGGUGACCAUGUCAGUUUUAUUAGCUAGCCAGCUGUACUGUAUUUGUAUCUAACCUGUGCGAAUGUUCGGUAGUCUAGCAGGCAGGGAAAUGGCAGCUCUGCGACGUGCCAGUUCUUGUAGAAAGUACAAGACCAUAAUAUGGACCGCGUCGGGACGCAACAACUGUCAAUUUGUCAACAAGCGUCCAAACAACGAUGGCGCCAAACUGCAGCAAUCGACAUGUAUGAACUGUAAAAUAUUAUCAUGCUCACUUCGUCCUUUUGUGACUCAACCACAUAAUGGCCUCAACCAUGGGCUCAUUCAGCAACUGCUACACAGACCCAUGAGUCCCAGAUUGACUGCAAUAAGUAAGCUAAUGAUCAAGAACAGCUUGUUCAAAAACCCUGUUGACCUGUGGAAUAUUUUAGGUUCCACAAAUUAUUUCAGCACAUCUCAGUCUAAACAACAAGAUCAAAAGAACAGUGAUGGACCCAAGGGAAAAACUCCAGAGGAAGAUGAAGAGGAGAAGAAGCGGCGGGAGCAAGAGGAUCAGAUGUACAGGGAACGUCUGCGCACUCUCUUCAUCAUCGCCCUGGUCAUGAGCCUCCUCAACUCCAUCAAUACCAGCGGGGGAAACAUCUCCUGGAAUGACUUUGUCAAUGAGAUGCUGGCCAAGGGUGAGGUGUCUCGUGUGCAGGUGGUCCCGGAGAGCGACAUCGUGGAAAUCUACCUCCACCCUGGAGCAGUCAUCUUCGGAAGGCCUAGGCUGGCUCUGAUGUACCGUAUGCAGGUGGCCAACAUUGACAAAUUUGAGGAGAAGCUCAGAGCUGCAGAAGAGGAGCUGAACAUUGACGCCAAGGACAGGAUCCCAGUCUCCUACAAGCGCACUGGCUUCUUUGGAAAUGCACUUUAUGCCCUUGGAAUGGCUGCCAUUGGGGUGGCAAUCCUGUGGUAUAUUUUCCGCCUGGCUGGCAUGGGUGGAAAAGAGGGUGGCUUCAGUGCAUUUAACCAGCUGAAAAUGGCCAAGUUCACUAUUGUGAAUGGCAAGUCUGGGAAGGGUGUGAGUUUCAAAGAUGUGGCGGGCAUGCACGAGGCAAAGAUGGAGGUGAAGGAGUUUGUUGACUAUUUGAAGUGCCCAGACAGGUACCUCAACCUGGGGGCCAAAGUCCCUAAGGGCUCCCUGCUGCUGGGGCCCCCAGGCUGUGGAAAGACUCUGCUGGCCAAGGCUGUGGCCACAGAGGCACAGGUGCCCUUCCUGGCCAUGGCAGGCUCCGAGUUUGUGGAAGUCAUUGGGGGUCUUGGUGCUGCCAGGGUGAGGAGUCUGUUCAAAGAGGCGCGUGCUCGAGCCCCCUGCAUCGUCUACAUAGAUGAGAUUGAUGCUGUGGGAAAGAAGCGUUCCAAUAACAUGUCUGGCUUCUCGAACACCGAGGAAGAGCAGACCCUCAAUCAACUGCUGGUGGAGAUGGACGGAAUGGGCACUACUGACCAUGUGAUAGUCCUGGCCUCCACAAACCGGGCGGACAUUUUGGACAAUGCUCUCAUGAGACCAGGGAGACUGGACAGGCACAUAUUUAUCGACUUCCCCACUCUGCAGGAGAGGAAGGAGAUCUACGAGCAGCACCUGAAGAUACUCAAGCUCACCCACCCAGCCAGCAGCUAUUCCCUGCGUCUGGCAGAGCUCACCCCAGGGUUCAGUGGGGCAGACAUUGCCAAUAUCUGUAACGAAGCAGCCCUGCAUGCUGCCAGGGAAGGCUACAAAUCCAUCGACACCUUCAACUUUGAGUACGCUGUGGAGAGAGUCCUAGCUGGAAGUGUGAAGAAAAGUAAGAUCCUGUCCAAAGAGGAGCAGAGGAUUGUCGCGUUCCAUGAGUCUGGCCAUGCCCUGGUUGGAUGGCUGUUAGAGCACACAGAGGCACUCAUGAAGGUGUCCAUUGCCCCCAGGACCAACGCUGCCCUCGGCUUUGCCCAGAUCCUGCCCAGAGACCAGUACCUGUUCUCCAAAGAACAGCUGUUUGAGAGGAUGUGUAUGGCUUUAGGAGGAAGAGCCUCGGAGGCCAUCACCUUCAACAAGGUCACCACAGGUGCCCAAGAUGACCUGCGGAAGGUGACUCGUGUGGCCUACUCCAUGGUGAAGCAGUAUGGCAUGUCCUCCAGUGUGGGUCAGGUGUCCUUCCCUGAGACAGAGGAGCAGGGAGCUGUCGGACGCAGGCCCUUCAGCCAGGGCCUCCAGCAGCAGAUGGACCACGAAGCGAAGCUGUUGAUAGCACGCGCCUACAGACAGACAGAGAAACUGCUUCUGGAUAACAGAGACAAGCUGAUAAUGUUGGCCAAUGCUCUUCUGGAGCGGGAAGUAGUGAACUAUGAGGACAUCGAGGCUCUGCUGGGACCCCCUCCCCACGGGCCCAAGAAGAUGAUCGCCCCUCAAAGCUGGAUCGAAGCAGAGAAGGACAAGCAGGACACAGGGGAGGAUGAUGAGCCACGCCCACCUCCUCGUAGGAAGGACAAUAAUGAUGAACAUCUGAACCUGAGGCCUGUAUGACCCGGUCAGUCUCAACACUCCUCUGCAAGAAUCUGUACACACACUCCUCCAGCAAUAUAAUGUAGGAGGGCCAGAGCGCCUCUCUGUGGUUGCAAGUUUCCAGUACACAAAUCACCAUAAACAGUGAAGUGCCACCUCACCUGCUUUUCCUGGUGGAUAUCAGUUCAGUUUGUUGAUAAAUGUCCAUUCACUACAGUGAGGUGUAACUAGACGAGGUGUAUCUGUUAGUGGUGAGGAACAGUGAACUCAUAGACCUUUUAGGACCAAGGGUCCUCUUUCACUUCCUUAGAGGGAACAUUUGUUGGUCCUUUUUUAGGUUUUCAGAGUAUUUUAACCAUACUCUGGGUAAGUGGCACCUGGUCUGGGUCAGCCUUAGCAUGGCAUAAAUGGUGUACCAAUAAAGGUUGUUUAUUGCUGCAGUGGAUAUGCAGUUCAUUGUGUUAUGGGCAGAAGCCUACCUUGAGUUGUAAAAUGGUGAUUUGCUCCAAAAUCCCUGUGAUGCUCAGGGGUGUUUAAAUAAAGCUUUAUUUCAACUGUCA